UUAGCCCCGCCCCCGCCGAGCCCGUCCCUCUUAGCCCCGCCCCCGCCGAGCCCGUCCCUCUUAGCCCCGCCCCCGCCGAGCCCGUCCCUCUUAGCCCCGCCCCGGAGGCUGCUGCAUUUAUGCUGGCCGCACAGGAAAGCGGCGGGGGAGGGGGGGGAGGCGGCUCCGCGGGGGCGACUGCGGAUUCGCUCCACCCCCGGAGGGUUCCUCAUCCUGGGCGUGCUGGUGGUGCUGGUGGGCGCUGCCAUGGCGACGGCGGGGUACUGGCCGCACCGCGCCCCCCGCGCGGCGGUGCUGGGUCAGGGCGUGGCAGGCGGGGUUCUUCCCGCGGGUCGGGUCCACGGUGAGCGGCUGAAGCUGCUGGGCCCCAUCGUGAUGGGCGUCGGCCUCUUCAUCUUCAUCUGCGCCAACACGCUGCUGUACGAGAACCGCGACUGCGAAACACAGCGCCUGCUGGCCCAGGAGCGCGCCGCCGUGUGCGCCAUGGCGCCCGCCCGGGACCCGCCCCCGCCCCCGCGCCACGCCCAGCCAGGCCCCGCCCUGGCCCCCGCCGACCUGAACAUUCACUGCCUGGGGGAGGCGUCGGGGUUGGAGUGGGCGGGGUCAGAGGCCACGCUGCUGCAGGUUGGGGGCGGGGCCACGCUGCUGACGAAGGCUCUGCAUCACCAGGAGUCAUCCUCACACUCUGCCUCGCUGCGGUCGCUGCAGUCUGGCUCCUGCAACUCCAGCCAGGCCAACUUUAACGUGCUCACGGGGUCCCCCCUGCGGGACCCCCGCCCCACACCCCUCAUCAAACUCAACAACUGCCCCGCCCAGCCCUUCUCCCUCCAGCCCUCCCCCCCUGCUUGUGCGGGGGGCGACUGGGGCACCCCAACCCCACCUAGGCGCUCGUACAGUCUGAGCAGCAGGACUAAUCCUGGCCACCCCACCCCCCCUUUACCUCCUGCACCCCCCACCCACCCUGCUGCCCCCGAGUCUCUCAGGAAGGACUUCAGCUCAAACCUGUGCCUGAACCUGGGGGGUCUGAAUGCCCCCCCAGGGGACCGGAAGCACCGCAGUUGGCCCCGCCUGGACCGCGGGGGGGCCCGCAGGUACCUGAAGCUGGAGAAUAAGGAGGAUUCUGUGGACAGGCUGCUGGAGCACCAGGACUCUCAGUGGGGAUCCGGGCCUUUCCAGUGA